AUGGUGCGUGGCCACGCCAAGGAGGUGGCGCAGCAGAAGAACGCGGCCAAGCAGGCUGCACUGAAGAAGAGCGGCACGCAAAAGGCGAGCCAAACCUUCACCCAUGGUGCCGCGGAGAAGAAGCUCAACUUCCUCUGCCCGCUGUGCAAAUGGUGGUCGUCUGUGGAAUUUGGUGGCGGCCUAAGCACCACAGGCAUCACUGUUGUGCCCACUGUUGCCCUCCAGAGUACGAUGGUCAACUACAUCCAGAUGAAGCAGCAUUACGACUCGAAGCAUCCCAAAGAGCGUGUACCCGAGGAGUCCUCCUUCGCGGCCUCGUAA